AUGGAAUCAUCAGACAUAGAAUCCGUGCUGAAUUUCUUGAGAAAAAACCAUCUGUCAAUCUCUGAAUCAGCACUCAUUGAUGAUCUCUUUGAGAAAUCCCAACUGGGUCAUUUAUUACCACUUCCACCUCUCAAGAUUCCUGCCGGCAGCCGUCCUCCGCCGCUGCAAACUUCCGAUGGAAAUUCUUCCGAUGAUCAAGAUUUUGUCAGCUUGGGUUCUUCCACUACUGAUUUAUGCUCUUCAGAGUUCACAAAUCCAUACGGGAUCCAGACAUUGAAAGGGGCUAGCUCUCAUGCUUCAUCAGAUAGGUUGUCUCAAUUUGGUACGGCUCGUGAUUACCAUGAAUUUGACAUGCAAAAUGACUCGACUUGGUAUAGAGAAAAAGAUGAAGAUUAUUGUAUGCCAUCUAGCUUUGACCAUUUUGAUCCUUUCACUGGUCCAAGUGAGGAUAAGUUUGUUAUGACUUUAGAAAAAGAGAACCAAGGCAAGGAUUUUGAACUUGUUUUUGAUCCUAUUUUAAACCCGUUAGAGAAAGCUAAUGGUUUUGAUAAAGUGUGGCCUACCACUUUAUGUAGCUCCUUCGAAGGAGACGUGUUGAAUGAAGUUAAUGAUAUUGAAGAGAAUAAUAAUAGUUGUAGUGACAAUCUUGUUGAGCAUUCUAAAAGAACCCAUGACUUGCAAAAGAAGAAGCGUGAGAAAGAUGUAGACUUUAAUCUAAAAAGUAACUAUGAUGCUGCCAAAGCUGAAGAAGGCGAUGGCAUUGCCACUAAUGAUGAAUCUUUAAUGAAUGCAAACGAAGAUGAAUAUGAAGUAUUUGAUUUAAGAAUUAUACACAGGAAAAACAGGACUGGUUUUGAAGAGAACAAGGAUCUGCCGAUAGUUUUAAACAGCGUGAUUGGUUCCAGAUACGUUGUUGAAGAGUAUGUUGGUUCAGCUGCAUUUAGCAAAGUUGUCCAGGCACGUGAUCUCCAAACUGGAAUCGCAGUUUGUUUGAAGAUCAUAAAGAAUGAAAAGGAUUUCUUUGAUCAAAGCUUAGAUGAGAUCAAGCUUUUGAAGCUUGUAAACAAACAUGAUCCUGCAGAUGAACGCCACAUUUUACGACUUUAUGAUUAUUUCUAUUUUCAUGAACAUCUGAUCAUUGUGAGUGAACUGCUACGUGCUAACUUAUAUGAAUUUCAAAAAUUCAAUAGAGAAUCAGGCGGGGAGCCUUAUUUUACGUUGACUAGGCUACAGGUAAUAAUGAGACAAUGUUUGGAAGCAUUGGAUUACUUGCAUGAUUUAGGAAUUAUUCACUGCGAUCUAAAGCCCGAAAAUAUUCUUAUCAAAAGCUAUAGCAGAUGUGAGGUCAAGGUUAUUGAUCUUGGUAGCAGUUGCUUUCAAGACGACAGAUUGUCACUAUAUGUGCAAUCUCGAUCUUACAGGGCUCCUGAAGUCAUCCUAGGUCUUCCAUAUGACCAAAAAGUUGACCUUUGGUCUCUUGGUUGUAUUUUGGCCGAAUUAGUAUCUGGUGAUGUACUAUUUCCAAACGACGAGCUUGUGUUCUUGCUUGCACGAGUGAUUGGAAUGCUUGGGCCAAUUGAUACUGAUAUGCUAAUAAGGGGGCAGGAAACAAGCAAGUAUUUCACUAAUGAGUUUGAUCUGUAUCAUAUAAAUGAGGAAACAAAUCAAGUGGAAUACAUAACCCCACAAGAAACAUCAUUGGGUGAACACACACAAGUUUCUGAUACAUUAUUCAUUGAUUUCAUUACAAAUUUACUUGAGAUUAACCCAAAGAGGCGGCCAAUGGCUAGAGAAGCCUUAAGGCACCCCUGGCUUUCGUUUCCUUACGAGACGUGAUCGAGUACCAAGAUUCAUUUUCUGAUAUAUAAAUUCUCCAAAUUUAUAAUCUGGGUUUGUUAACUUUUGUUGUUGUAGAUAGAAUAGAAGUUUUCGUUUCAUGUCCUUUCCUGAAUGUUUACUUGGAAAGUAAGGUGCAAUGCUGCAUACACAUUAUGAUGAUUUUUUUAUAUUAUUACUAUGUAAAUUCUUAACAGUCCCGUACAUAAUUGACCCAAUUUAACACAAAUACAGUUACUUUCUUUUCA